GUUCAAAAAAUAGGAAUCUAAGAAGGCCUCUUACACAUUGUUAAACUAGACAUCAUCAUUUGAUAUUCCUUUAUUCUAAGACAGACAAAAUUUAUACAAAAUAGUAAUUAAAGUACCACCAGUCCUAAAUGCAGAGAAACUGUCUCUCAUUGCGCCCCCUCCUGCGGGGAGCUGGUGAAUUAGGAUUAUUUGGAGCACCUCAUCGUCUAUUUCGAAAUUCGGCUGCCUUUAAAUAUGCAGCUGCCGCAGCAAAGACAGCUCCUGGAAAACUUCCUCCGAAGAUGGCCAAGCUGCGACAGCGAUUCCAGGCGGACAACGAUCUGCCGAUUUUCCUCAAAGGCGGCAGUAUGGACAACAUCUUGUACAGGCUAACCUGGGUGCUCUGUUUCCUAGGAUUAGCUGGCGACUUGUGGCUGUGGGCUGGCUAUAUCAUUGCCUAAGGAGCAAUUUAAUACUAUAGUGUUUAAAAAUAUUUUCUGCACACCUAACACUAUAAUUUAACUUGUUUGAUUUCUGUACAUAAUUAAACGGCGAGAAAUUAGAGCAAUAUUUAUAUUAA